UAAGGUGGCUAGCAAUCUGAGGUUUUUUUUCUUUAGCAUAUUCUACGUGAGGCCAUCUCUUAAUUUAGUCUCAUUUCCUAGUGGGUGUCCCUCGAAGGCCCAUAACUAGUAUAGGCUCCAGCAUAGCCACUUCUGGAAGCACUUGAUCUGCCUGGUUAUUGUCCACCGAGUCUUUUCCCUUCUGACAUCUUGAGCAGUGAAUAAUACAGUUGCUGGCUUCAUUAGGGCAUCUAAGAGGUCCAGGAUUUCCUGUUGGUUUCCUCUGAUGUGAGCAGUCCUCUUGGCAUAUAUAUCUCUGUGGACAUGGGCUGUGGCAAAGGCAUGCCUGCUAUCCAUGUGGAUAUUAAUUUUCUUGCUGGCUCCAAGGUCUUAGUGAAGGCAAUUAGCUCUACUUUUUGCCUCGAUGUGUCAGGAGUAAAGGUUCUUCUACUCAGAUGACAUUUGUGCAUCCACCAUAGCAACACCUGCUUGUCUUUGGCCUUCAUGGAGAAAACUGCUCCUGUCUGUAGCAACCUUCAGCAGAGGUACCAUCUACAUUCCCCAGGCAUGGGUCAGACUCACUCUUAUACACGCUCUCCAAAGGCGGAUGCUCAUUUUACCUUCAGCUUUGGCACAAAUCUUCAAAAUUUCAAGAUGGAAAACAAAAUCCUGUCUCAGGAAUUAAAGGCCUUCAUUGAAUCAUCCCUAGAGAAUGGAAACCUUCAAGAAACAGUUUCUGCAAUCAGCAAAGCUCUGGGUGACAUUGAGAAAGCCCCACUGAACAUUGCAGUGAUGGGGGGCACUAGAGCUGGAAAGUCCAGUCUCAUCAAUGCUCUACAGAGAGUGGGGGCUGAUGAAGAAGGUGCAGCUACUACUGGGGACAUAGUUACAACCACUGAGAGAACACCAUACCAAUAUGUAAAGUUUCCAAGUUUGACACUAUGGGACUUGCCUGGCAUUGGGUCUAUUGCUUUCCAAUCACAUGAUUAUCUGAAGAAAAUCAAAUUUGAGGAGUAUGACUUCUUAAUUUUUGUCUCUUCUGGAUGCCUGAAAUGUGAUGACAUACAACUUAUCAAGGCCAUUGUGAAACUGAAUAGGAGUUUCUAUUUUGUUAGAACCCAUAUAGAUUUUCAUCUAAGGGCUAUAGCAGAGACAUAUCCUAGGAGACUCAACAGAGAGAACACAUUAAAGAUGAUUCGAAAUGUCAUUUCACGUAUACUUAAGGAACUUACCCAACAGGAGCCUCCAGUCUUCUUAGUCUCUAACUUUGAUGUCUCUGACUUUGACUUCCCAAAGCUGGAAUCCACCCUUUUGAGUGAGCUCCCGGCCUACAAUCGCCACAUGUUCAUGCUCACUCUGCCAAUUGUCACAGAUUCCACCAUAGACCGGAAGAGGGAUAUGCUGAAACAAAAGAUCUCAAAGGUAUCCAGAAUGCCAAGAGCAUGGGCUACCAUACCAUUCAGGGGAUUGACCCAAAAUGACAUGGAGAUCUUGGAACAGACUUUGAAUGAAUGUAGAUCUUCCUUUGGCCUGGAUGAGGAAUCACUGGAAAACAUUGCUGAGGAUUUGAAUACGACACUGAAGGAACUCAAAGCAAACAUUAAGUCUCCAUAUUUACUCACAGAUGAGCCAGAUACAUCCUUAACAGAUAGAAUAUUGAAGUACAUUAGAAAUCCUUACUUUUCAAAGUUUUCCCACUUGAAAAAUUACUUCAUUGACACGGUUGCAAGUGAUGUUAAAAUUAUCCUUAGCAAACAAGAGCUUUUAAGAAAGAAGGUAGCACCCCUUCGGAACCCUGGAAUAACUGACCCGCGGGACGGGAACAGUGGCGCCCGAACCAGGGACCCGAAGUACGGUCAACUACCGGACGACGGAGGAGAAAUCCCGGGAAAAGGAAUCAAGGACCCCACAGACCGCAUCGCUCGUGCGUCGCUGGAGGGGCAGCAUCCUCAACUGCACACAGACAUAUGGGAGACUUCCUCUAGCACACCCUCUCCUUUAACGGAUCAACUUUUGGCAUUCAGCUUUGAAAAUUUUUUUAAGAAUUUCAAGAAGGAAGGCAAAAUCUUCUCUGAGGAAACCAUCACCUUCAUUGAAUCCCAUCUGAAGGAUAAGAACCUUCAGGGGGCAUUGUCUAAAAUUACUGAUGCUCUGAAAAACAUUGACAAAGCCCCACUGAACAUUGCUGUGACUGGAGAAACAGGGACAGGGAAAUCUAGCUUUAUCAAUGCCCUGAGGGGAGUGAGGGAUGAAGAAGAAGGUGCAGCCCCCACUGGGGUGGUAGAGACAACCAUGAAGAGAACUUCAUACCCACACGCAAAGCUUCCCAAUGUGAAAAUAUGGGACCUGCCUGGCAUUGGAACCACUAACUUCCCACCACAAAACUACCUAAUGGAAAUGAAGUUUGAUGAGUAUGACUUCUUCAUUAUCAUCUCUGCCACACGCUUCAAAGAAAUUGAAAUACAUCUGGCCAAAGCCAUUGAAAAGAUGAACACCAAGUUCUACUUUGUCCGAACCAAGAUAGAUCAAGAUGUCAGUAAUGAGCAGAGGAGUAAACCUAGGACUUUCAAUAGAGACAGUGUCUUAAAGAAAAUUAGAGAAGACUGUUCAGGGCAUCUUCAGAAGGCUCUCUCCAGUCAGCCUCCAGUCUUCCUAGUCUCUAACUUAGAUGUGUCUGACUUUGACUUCCCAAAGCUGGAGACCACCCUACUCAGUGAGCUCCCAGCCCACAAACGCCACAUAUUCAUGAUGUCCUUGCACAGUGUUACUGAGACUGCCAUUGACCGCAAGAGGGAUUUCCUCAGACAGAAGAUCUGGCUGGAGGCCCUGAAGGCAGGAGUUUUGGCCACCAUUCCACUUGUGGGCUUCAUCGAAGAUGAAAUACAAAAGUUAGAGAAAACCUUGAAUCUCUACAGGUCAUACUUUGGACUGGAUGAAGCCUCACUGGAAAAUAUUGCCAAAGUUUUCAAUGUGCCUGUGAAUGAAAUCAAAGCACACCUUAAGUGUUUCCAUUUGUUAACAAAGAAUAAAGACAUGUCCUUCAAAGAAAAACUGUUAAAGUAUAUUGAACAUAUUUCUUGUGUUACUGGGGGACCACUUGCCUCAGGCCUUUACUUUAAAAAGACUUACUAUUGCAAAAGUCUCUUCAUUGAUACUGUGGCAAGUGAUGCCAAGUCUCUCCUUAAUUUGGAAGAGAUUUUAUCACAGAAGCAAAGGUUGUCCAGGCUGAUCUCCCUGUAUACUGGGGAACAGGAAGAAAGCUAUGAGGCACUGACUUUGCAUUGGUUACAGGCACUGACUUAAAGCCUGCUUUUAAGCAGCAAACAUUUUCUGGAAAAUAUCAGAGGAUUCUUCUCUUUCACAGAUAGAAUAUCACUACAGCAAUACAGAACACCAAUAGCUUAUAAUUUAAGAUCAAGAACUGACAAAUAAGACCUCAUAAAAUUACAAAGUUUCUGCAAGGCAAAGGACACUGUCAAAAGGACAAAACAGCAACCAACAAACUGGGAAAAGAUCUUCACCAACCCUACGUCUGACAGAGGGCUAAUAUCAAAUAUAUACAAAGAACUCAAGAAGUUAGACCCCAGGGAACCAAAUAACCCUAUGCUCAACAACAUUAGUCAUUAGGGAAAUGCAACUCAAAACAACCCUAAGAUUUCACCUCACACCAGUCAGAAUGGCUAAGGUUAAAAACUCAGGAGACAGCAGGUGUUGGUGAGGAUGUGGAGAAAGAGGAACACUCCUCCACUGCUGGUGGGAUUGCAAGAUGGUGCAACCACUUUGGAAAUCAGUCUGGCGCUUCCUCAGAAAACUGAACAUGACACAACCAGAGGACCCUGCUAUACCACUCCUGGGCAUAUACCCAGAGGAUUCCCUGGCAUGCAAUAAGGACACAUGCUCCACUAUGUUCAUAGCAGCCCUAUUUAUAAUAGCCAGAAGCUGGAAAGAACCCAGAUGUCCCUCAGUGGAGGAAUGGAUACAGAAAAUGUGGUAUAUUUACACAAUGUAAUACUACUCAGCAAUUAAAAACAAUGAAUUCAUGAAAUUUGUAUGCAAAUAGUGGGAACUGGAAAAUAUCAUCCUAAGUGAGGUAACCCAAUCACAAAAGAAUAUGCAUGGAAUGCAAUCACUGAUAAGUGUAUAUUAAUUAGCCCAGAAGCUAUGAAUACCCAAGACACAAGUAGCAUAUCAAAUGACUCCCAUGAAGAAAUAAGGAGAGGGCCCUGAUCCUGGAAAGACCUGAUCCAGCAUUGUAGGGGAGAAACAGGACAGAGAAAAAGGAGGGAGGUAAUUGGAGAAUGAGUGUAGAGAAGGCUUAUGGGACAUAUGGGGAGGGGGGAACUGGGAGAGGGGAAAGUGUUUGGAAUGUAAACAAAGAAUGUAGAAAAUAAAAAAAAAAGUGGCAUAUUUAAAAAAGAGAACUCUCUUCCAUUAAAGUGUCAUUAUGAAAAUAUAUGGUUGUAUACCUGUGACUUAUAAUAACUUUGCCUAAUUAAACUGGGAUCAUUUGUCCCAAGGAGAUUUCCCAAGCUGUGCAACACUCUCCUGAGAUGAAGAAAUUAGCACACUGUGUAACCAUUUGUGCUUUUCUGUAUCUGCCUCAGUUCCAGAAUAAUGACACAGAGGUUCAUUUAUUUAUAUAUUAAUGCCUAUCCCUUAGUUAAGUGUGUUCCACAACUAACUUAUAACCUGUUUAUACUAUUCUAUGUCUGAGACAAGUCUGGUUGCCUAUUCUCACUUUCAUGCAUUCAAUUUCCUCCACAAUUUUGUAGUGAAUCUCUUCAGCCUG